CAAUGUCCAAUAAUCAAAAAUUACCCAGUCAAAAUACAGAUUUAACUGUAAAAGUUCGAAAAUCUUCCGAAAAGCUAUCCGAGAAUAUACACAUUGUAGCCAAUGAUCCUUCAUUGGCAUUUUAUCGUAUCCAAGAACAUGUUCGCAAAGUUCUACAACCCAUUCUUGAUAAAAGAAUUGAAGUUAUUGAGCUACAAAAGGAUCUACAAGGACAUUGUUUCGAUAUGGAAUAUGCUGUACGUUCUAUGAAGGACAUUGAAGCAUCGGGUGCAAUAUUUUCCAAUAUACAGGAUAUGGUUAAAAAUUCAAUAUUUCUAAAGCAGCAAUUGAAAUAUGAAGAAAUCAAAGGCAAGGCGGAAAAGGAUAAUUCCAAAUCAUCGGUAUACAAGAGAUUUUCAGCCCAUUUAACACUGGACUUGCCUGACUUUACGGAGUUGACUGGGGUGAUGCGAGAAACAAGUCAUCGCAUGGAAUCGAUAAUGGCUUCCGGUGGAAGAGAUAGCAGUACACAACAAAAUUUACAAGUCAACAGUAUUGGUGAGCUGCAAAGAUCUCACACCACUUUACAUUAA